CCCAAACCAGCCAUUAGUACAUGCCUUAGAUCCUUUCGACACAACUUCAACUUUGUCAUCUCCUUCGUCGGCGAAUCCCCGAUUUGCCGGAGCUUGAGGCUGAGCAAUCAGUGAAGAUAAAAUCUAAUAACCAUGGAUUCUCCAACCAGUUCACUGAAAACGGUUUCGGACGACGAAGAGAUAGAUUACUCCAUCAAGCCAGAAUUCUAUGAUUCAGAUCUGGACGAUAAAGAUGAGAUGUGGAUGGUUAAGAAAAGAGAUGGUCGUACUUCUGAUGCUGUCCUCAGCUGUCCAGCUUGUUUCACCACUGUCUGCUUAGAGUGUCAAAGGCAUGAGCAGUAUGUGACACAGUACAGGGCAGUCUUUGUAGUCAAUUGCAAAGUAGAUAAAGACAGGGUCGUGCAACAGAAUGCGAUAUCCUCAAAUGUUGGUAAACGAAGGAGAGAUUCUGAGAAGCGAGAAACUGUUUCUGCGGAUGACGAAACAGUGAACCCUGUCUUUUGCUCAACUUGUUCGACAGAGAUCGGAGUCGUGGACGGUGAAGAGAUCUACCAUUUCUCUAAUGUCAUUCCAAGCGAGCCUUAAAAAACCAUUAAUACUUUUCGAGUUUUUUGGUAACAAUUUUCGAAGUGGUGAUUACGGUGUAGGUUUCGAUAGUUUGGGUUUGUGUGGAUGUUUUGUGUAUAUUUAUUUAUGAAUGAUUCCAUAACCUAAACAAUUUGAAAUUGAUCAUUGCGCAAAAGCCAAACGGAGGAAAGCUUUAAUCUAAAGUUUUAAUCAGAAAAAU